AUGGAACCCCUCUAUCAGGCUGGGUGCAUUCUCAUGAAGGUGAACACCUUACAGGGGAAGAAGAUGGUGGAGAGUGGUCUCCAGUCUGGAGACUUCUCGCUUGCCCAGUCGUGGCCCUCCUGCAUCCUGCCGCCAGCUGACCUGGAGAUCCUGCAGCAGAAGGUGGCCGGGGUGCAACGGGAGCUGGAGGACUUCAAGAAGGAGGCACUGAGGGCCAUCCAUUGCCUGGAAGACGCCUUCUGCAAGAUGAACGGGGCCCUGGCGCAGCAGGAGGGGCAGGCGGCCCACGUGAGGCAGCGGCUGAGGGAAGAGGAGGACCGGGGCAUCACGCGGAACAAGGUCCUCACCUUCCUGCUGCCCCGCGGGAAGCAGCUCCGGGAGCACUGCAGGCGGCUGGAGCGCCUGCUGCUGGGCCGGAGCUGCGCGGCACUGGGCAUCCCCGGGAAGAUCCAGGCCAACUGA